CAGAUGCCAACCGACUGCCGAGCAGAGCGCACGUCUCUCGCCGCUCCGCAGAAAAAAAAAACUUUUACGCGUCAAAAAUAAACGGUACAACUUUAUUUUUAAAGAGAAAUUCACAAAAAAUUGUUGUUGAAGUUUGAAAAAAUUGUUUUUUAAAGUUUUCCUGUGGCUGUUUUGUGUUUUAUAAAGUUUCGAGUCAGAGUAGAAAGUAACAUUGCAUUGACAAGAAUCCAAGUGGUCUGGUCUCAUGUGUAGUGUAGUGUGUGUUAUAAACCAAGGAAGUUCAAACCGUUUUGAAAACAUCCGCAGUGUUCAUCUUAAUAAGAUAUUGGAUGGCCUGUAUCAGUAAAUAGAGAUUCAAAAUUGAGCUGUGAAAACGUUAUUUACUUCGUGUCUCUUUAUAAGAUGUGACUAACCCCGUCAUGGCAGCCACGGACGGCCAAGUUGUGGCCGCAGCUUCACGCUGGUGUGAGGAGGGGAGCUACCUGCGAGAGUUCGCAGUCAAGAACCGCCUGCCGAGCGUCGCCAAGAUCAUCAAAGGACAGUAUGGAGGCCUUGGCGUCCCGACCCUACCAAGUCCUGGACUUCAGAGCACUGCUUUACUUGUGUCAGCAGGAAAAAGAAAGAAGAUCAUAGCUCAAGCCAUCAAACUCAAAGAAGGAAGACGAAUGGUCAGCGUUGGACCUCGAAUAGCCAUCCCCGAAACGUAUAAAGGCUAUUUUGAAUUACUAAGCGAAGAAGGUCGCGCUGUACGAUGUAUCGAAUCAGUAUCAGAACUAGCUAGAAGGAAGCUAGACGACGGAUGCCUUGUUAGAGAACCAGUUAGAGUAAUUUGUGCUAAAACAGACUUAGAUGGCAAUGUAACAGCUGAUGGAGCGAGAAAUCUACCAGCUGGGGAGGUUAUCAUGCCUAGAGGAGAAACGUUCUUAGGUAAAAAUAAGUAUUUGAAAUGUACGGACUCCAAAGGAGACAUGGUGCUCUUAAGUCUGGAUCAAAGGGGGAAGUUCUCUGCUGUGGCUAAGGAAGAGAAUAUAAGUGGAGUGCAUACAGCGAAGACUUUGUUGACCAAACGUUUGCCGAUCACUGUGAGACUAGUGCAUGGAACUCCACCACGAGGGCUGAAGAGCGCUAGUCACUUCGUUCCAGAACUAAGACUGCUGUCCAUGUUUGAAGAAGACCAUGUUUUUGCUCUCCCCUUCCCAAAGACGGUAGCAUUAGUAGCUCUUCCCUUAGCGGCGCCACUCAAAAUGCAAAGAUGCAAGAACGAGGAUCAAAUAAAGAACUUCAUGGAAUUUUCUAGAUUAGUGGAAAAGUGUAAUCGAUUGUUAGUAGACGUUGUGGAUCGAAUACAUGUGUUGGAUGGAAAGUUAGGUGAUCCUAAAAGGCUUCUGAAUGGACCUCUCCACGCCCCACCUUUAGUCAAAACUGGUUACUUCCUAAGACGCAGUGCGUCAUCAGACACAGCGAACCAACACAAACAGAUGUCCCGCCACAACCACAUCUACAGUAGUCAUCGAGACGAGAACAGUAUCCCAGACGAAUAUGAUGAAAUAGACCAAAUUUACGACUAUGUCAGAGGAUUUGCGCCUCUACCUAAGAAUAUAAAAGCAUCAUAUUCGAAUGAACCGUCUCCAAGACACGAAUCCGCUCCAUCAUCGCCUGCAGCAACUCCUAUUCACAUGCCUUUAAUCACAGAAAUUAAACCAGAACCACCGCCGAUAGAGACGAUACCGACAAAGAAGCCAUUGAACAUUCAGAAGGCAGAGAAGAGGACGAGGAAGGCACCAACACCGAUCAAAGAAACCCCAGUCACUGUUUAUAAGGAGAAAUGUUCCAUAGCUCCAGCGGCAAAUCUUCCAAAACUGUACAUCAAGAAUAGUGUGAACAACAGUAAGAAUAGAAUGGUCUUCCGUCAAAAGAGUACUUCGCCGACUAAAGAGGCACCUAGUCCAGUAGCUAGUCCGAUACGACCGAUCAAAGGUGACUCCCCAAUCUUCAAUAUAAGGUAUAAGAGUCUAUCGAACAUCCACCAAGCCAUGGAAUUGGAUGGUACUUUAGAUUCGAGCCAUUCUGGAGGAAGGACGUCUGGGGAUUCUGGUAAUGGUCCCAAGUUGCCUGAAAAACGGUCUAGAAAGUUAAGCAGGCCGAAGUCAUUGACGAAUCUAGUUUGGGAGCUGAAGGGAUGUCCUGAUCCGGAGAAACCUAAGUCUAGAGUAAAGAAUGAAAGCUACAAGAAGAUUGGUAACAAAUUGUCUUUGGGAGCUCAGAAAAGGGUGCCGACGUUGUAUCUUUAGAUUUUGGUCCACGUUGUCUCCACGACAGACGUGCGCGACCAAAGCAGACACACGACAGACGACUAACGACCGAACAUAACAAACCGUUACAUUUUGAAUCUACGUCACACUUCGGCUAACUUCGGCAAACUUCGGGAGCGGACGGCGAAUGAGCAACGAGUUAAAUUUAAUAGUAGCUAUUUUAAAUUCAAUAGUCGCUAGUUUGGUGGAUUGUUGAUCGAUAGAAUACUUGUAAACCCUUUAACUGUCCAGUUAAAUAAUAUCAAUUAACGUGACCCUAUUAUUAUUCAACAAAUUGAAAAAAAUAUAUCUACACUAAAUAAGGAAGAGUAAUCGUGUGAAAACGAGAAAAAUCAUUCAAGUUCUCUGUCGCAGCAAUACGACAUGAGCGGUAAGAACACGGAUAUGUUGCGUAUAUACGACACAGGCGGUUAAAGGGUUAAUGUGCCAGUAAAUCUUAUGACAGCUAAGCCUAUUAUCUGUCAAAUGUAAGGCCCUAUUGAUCCUUACACCUCACUAGCGCUAUCUGAAGACAACAAAAUCGAAAACUGACAAUGUGAUAACAUAAGGAAAAGAGCUGACAUAGAUUAUACUUUAGUUCGAAUCAAAACAAAAUAUUAUAAUUUCCAAACUGAUUUAAUAAUCUUUCGACUAAAUUCAUUUUGUAAAAUCCUAUUUUUAAUUUUCAAAAUGAUUUAUUAGUUAUUAAAAGCUAUGUAACAUUUGACAUGAUAACAACAUUUUUUAGUGAAUUACUAUCACUGUUUCGACUCUUGUAUACACGUUAUGUACGAACUAAAGUCAUAACUAACAACACUACUGUCUUAUAACCAGAACAUAAUUAAAAUAUUACACAAAAAAAACAAUGCCAAUGGGGGCCACCGAUUUUGCACACCAGAUGGCGCAAAUGUCUAAAGACGCUUUUUGACCAAUCACAGUAGCUGUCAAAUGUUGAAUGUCCAAUGGUGUGACACUAACUAAUUCCCUAUUGGACGAAGAACAAGAGCUUCACACUAGUGCCAUCUGGUGAGCAAAAAUACAGUAGGCCCCAUUGAGAAAAUAUCUUUACACGUCAUCGAAUGCACCAGUAAACGAAGUUAGCUAACAAAACGAAGUUAUUGCGAAUUAUAAAAAUAUUUAAAACUAAACAAAUGGAAAUGUCUUACUUAUUUUGUAAAAUGGUUAACGAAAUACUGAAAUGUAAGUGUAGGCAUUAAAAUUGUACUUUUUUGCUGAUGGUAACAUUUCUUUUUUAAUUUGACAGUUGGAAAAAUGACAUUUGAAAUCGUUUUGGCGCCAAUUUUUAUUGAAUUUGUUAAUUGUUAUUUUCUUGGUUUAAAAUUGUCAAUAAGAGAUUUUGAAAGAAAUGUUACCACUAGCAGAGAAUCAUGUAAGAGAAAUUAAUAAUUUUUAUAACGAAAAAAGAACUUAAUUUUGAUCUCUUAAUGGAUAAUAAUUAUUUAUGAAUGUAAUGCCAUAUUAAAGUAUAAUACCUACUUCAUUGGUGUUCGUUAUUAGAUAUUAAGUUUGGGUCUUUCAUCGUUCAAUAACUAAUUAUUUAGUAAUUAACACUCUAAAAAUACUAUGGUGAUUAUAUUUUAUGAAAAUUUUAAAUGAAUAUUUUUAGUUUACAAUAUACGACAGUCAACGCCAUCUAGUUUCACAGCGUGGAACUAUUACGACGAAAAACAUGGCGGAUUUUUAUGUGAUUUAAGACGGAAUUUAUACAAAAUGUUUAGAUGAAAGGCCCUUGAAGCUCAUGAUAAUGAUAGCAUAGUAAUAUUUUAAUGAAAAUUACGAAAUAAUCCGUAAUUAUUGUUUUCUUGCUAUGAUUAAAUUUAAUUUACAAUGUAGCGUGCCGGAUGAUUGCAAUUAGAAACUGUAAAUUACUAUGGAUCAAAGUCAUGAGCCUCUUAAGUUUAAACUAGGUAAAGAUUUCUCUACUUAAAUAUAUAAAUAACGUUUUGAAAAUUCCUUCUGUUGAUGCAAACCAAAAAUGCGAGGUGCCUUAAAAAUGCUUUUUUCGAAAAAAAACUCUUUGUAAUAUUAAUUAUUAAUAAAUUGUCAUAGUUUUAAGGGAAAUAGUCACAAAAUAUCUUCGAUUUUUUAGGUUAUGUUUAGUAGUUAAGUCACUACAGGUUAUGCAAUUCUUAAGAUAUGCAUUUAUUCAUUUUUUUUAUGUAAUGUUACAGUCAUAAUUGUCUUAGUGCAUUGUGCAUUUUCGUUGCAAAUAAUAUUUGCGGUAAUUUUCAUAUUAGGUGUUUACCUUGCAUUAAAUAUAAUGCAUUAUUUAGUUUGAUUUUUAAUGGAACAAAACUUCAAUAGGGUAGAUGACUAAUUUUUAUUUCAAUGUCCGUCUUGUAGAUUAUUUUAAAAUGUUACACAUGUACUUUUUUUUAAAAACCACCCCGUUCCUUCUCCUGCUUUGAGCCGGAGCCCCGGUAACCUGUUACGUUGUCCGCAGCUCCGGAUCGGGCCCUAUAGCACACUAAUAAAUGAAAAAGACGCUAGUGAUAUUAUUUGAAACGAAAAUGACGUGUUUUAUAUAAAAUGCUGAAGAUUUGUUUUCAUUUAAAAUGUUUUUUGUAUUACCCCUAAUUUGGUUGCAAAUGUCGUUGAAGUGCCGCACUCAUAGACAUUUAAUAAUAACUUAAAAUAUUCCUUACUAUCGUACUCAGACACAUUUAAUGUUUCUUAAACUUUCUUUAGUAACAAUAUAAUAUUAUUCCGAAAAAAAAAACUAAGUAAGUGGGUUAAGUACUUAAUCAUUCCAUAAUUCUGAGUAACGAUUUUGUAUCGAAAACAAUUGCUAAGGACUGGGUUAAGUAACCAUUAAAUGACUCAGAGUACACCAGUCAAAGUCCUUACAAACUUAGUUUGAAGUUAAAAUUUUACCUAUUAACUAACUUAUCUAGUUACUAUUGUCAACAAUGAUAGUACUAACUCUAUCAUUCAAGGGAAAUUUACUAGUUUUUACCCAACAUUAAAAAUUCUACCAUUUAUUCAAGGAAAAUUACAUGUCAGCCUACAUCAUACACUAUACUCUUUCAUUUUAUUAACGCGAUGAAAAUGUAAAGAGUCAAUAUGUGUGCAAAACCAAAAUUAAAUGAAGUAACACUUACUACCACACCCAGAGACAUUUAAUUAUUACUUAAACUAUUCCUUAGCAACGAUUUUGUUCCGAAAACAAUUACUAAGGACUAGAUUAAGUAACCAUUAAAGAGAAUCUGAGUAUGGCGGUUAGUUUUUUAAAUAAAAACAAAUCUACAGCAAUUAUAAUCUUAGAUAAGUCUUACAUACUACGGAUAAAUCUCUCGGAAUUUCGAAACGAAUUUCGAUAUUUCGAUACGAUUUAUCGAUUACUUAUCGAUUUUUUUUUAUAUCCCAAAUAUUGUUCUUGAUAGUAAGCUAGGCCACUUCAUGUUCUCUAGUGUAGGACUUUAUGGUAUCUUUAGAUUAAGAUUUUCAUUCAGUGUUAUUAAAAUAUCAAUCGAUAUUGUAAUACUUUACGAUAAAUAAAUGAAAUGAUAUUGAA